GAUUUCCAACACAAAACUCGUCAUGGCAGAUAGCGAAGAGGAAAUCGACUACAUGUCAGAGGAUUUUCUGGCGCAGUGUGUAGGUAAUAAUGAUGUACGUCCUGGCUUGCUCUUUUCACACUCAUCAAAGAGGAAAGCUCAAAUUGAUAAACAGAGAAAGCAUAAGAAUGAAUCAAAUCGUGAACGAUUCAAACCUGUGAAACAAGUCCAGCAAGAACGGCUGCAAGAGGGCCUUAAUACAGCAUUGGAUUCCUCAAACAAAGGGUUUUCAAUGCUUCAAAAAAUGGGAUAUAAGCCUGGAUCUAGUCUUGGAAAGCAAGGCCAGGGAAAACUAGAACCAAUUGCUGUGGAGCUAAAGGCAGACAGAGUUGGGCUGGGAUGGCAGGAGAUGAUUUCUGAACACAGAAAGAAGCAACAGGAGAUAAAAAGACAAAAACAAGAAAAACACAAAGAAGAAAUAGACCCAGAGAAGUUCAGAGCUAGGAUGCGCAAUCAACAGCAAGAAAAGUUGAUUAAUGCCGACUUGAUGAAGAGUCAGCGAAUCUGCCAUCAAAUGGACUCAAAAGCUGAAUUAAAUGAACCUGUGGAACCAUGGUUUUGGCCAAAGUAUGCUUUCCAGAAGAACAGUUGAACAUCCUUACUGCAUAUCUCAAGGCAACUUAUUGUUACUGCAUUUGGUGUGGAACAGUAUAUGAUGAUGAAAGAGACUUCAAGCAAAACUGCCCUGGACAAACAAGAGCAGAUCAUGAUGAUUAAUGCAAGAUUUCUUAUUUUAUAUGAAUUUGAAUUUUUUUUUAUGUGAACUGAUAUUCUCUUAAUAUUAUUUUAUGGUUUUAUUUAUAUAUUUAUUUACAGGCUUUAGAUCAGUGUAGUCAUCCUUACUGUUUUGGGUAGAAACCAGUUUUAAUUUAUAUUGUUUUCAUAACUGGGAAAAAUAGUACUAAUAAUUAUGUGUUUGUGAAUAGUUGACUUUUUGCAAAAAGUUAUGGGCCACAAAUUUUGAGUUAGGGAAGCAUAAUACUUCUUUAAAGAUAAUUGUUUCAGUAGGUCCCUUUAAUCAUGAACAAGUGAAAGAAAAAUUACUUCUUAUGAUUUUAUCAGAAUAUGUGUUGAUGAUAUUUGCAUAUGUACAUUAAAUACUGAUACUAUUCAAAAAUAGAUUGUAAAAAUAUGAAA